AUGGUACAGAUGGCCGCCGGUGGCAACGGCAAGGCCUUGGAGUACUUCAAGAGCAAUGAGAUGGGAAAACUCAGUAGCUCGGGGCGUCCGGUCGACUACACCUCCAAGGUCGCUCAGAGGUACAAAGCGCAGAUGGACACUGAAGCCAAGAAGCUCUGUGAGAAGUACAGUGUCGCUGCCAAGGCUGCCAAACCAGCGGAGGUGCACUUGGCGAAGCCGGAGGAGGACUUUGGCUUUGAUGUGCCCACCAAGGUGCCCAGCAACACCCUCUCGGCACCCUCUCCGAAGGAUGGUGGAUACCUGGAGGAAGCGGCGCCGAUCCGAGGCAAGUCUGCGCCAGCCGUAGUCACUGCUACAAAGCCAGCAGCACCAUCAGUGCCUCACAGUCAUGUGGUCCGGAAGGCCGACCCUGCCGUGAUCGCCGCCAAGCCCGCAGGCUUUGUUCCUGGUGGCAAGCAGAUGGCGAAGGAAAUAGAUUUCGACUUCGACUUCGAUGACCUAGAAACUGAGGCCUCGAAGCCAAAACCGGCGCCAGCACCAGCGCCAACGCCUGCGCCGGCGCCUGCGCCGGCACCGGCACCCGCGCCAGCUGUUCGGGCACAGUCGGCCGGCGCGGCGGACACCAACGCGGCGAACAAAUUCGCGAACAAGAAGGGCAUCUCUUCCACGGAUUUCUUCAAUGAGUUUGAGCCGGAAUCCGCUCAGCAAAGGUUGGAUCGGGAAAACAGGUUCAACAAAUUUGCGGCUGCCGGUGCGAUCUCAUCUGCUAGCUACUUCGGGGAUGGAGAUGAAGAUAUCCAGAACAACACCGAUGACAUGUCUGUGUGUGGCCCUAGUGCUGUGAAGCCAGAGGAAGACUUCUGUGGCAAGAAGCUUUGGCUGCAGGAGCUGCUAAAGCUCUUGUGCCUCCUUCCAGGGAAGUGGCAAGGCGAAGGCAAAGCCUACGUCGCCUGCAAAGACUGGGGGCAAGGAGCCUGUCCGUGUUGGGCAGACGCUUCGGAUGAGGAGGACAUCCUCACGCGGCCCAGAGAAAGGGAAGCGCGGCCACGUAGGCAGAAGCGCAUCUACUCCCGUCAGCUCUUGCUGCAAGUGCGGGACUUCCACAGCGACGAAAUCCGUUCCACACCGAGUUCGUCGAGCCUGAGAGCACGAAGGAUCGAGGAUGUCAAGUGGAACUUCCAGCGCCUUGGCAGCGAUCCGAGUCGGAAGCCGCCAAGGCAGCAGUCCGUGACUUCGACAGAAGUCUUCAAGCCAGGCCGCCGGGUGCAUGUCUUCGACCCGGCGUUGGCGGCCACUGCCUUCGAGGCGGUGCUCUCCUGGCUGGAGCCGGGCAUCGCCUGUCCGGCGGAACCGUGGCGGAGGGAGGACGAGAAAGACCUGCCCAAGGACGAUGUACGUCGAGCCACGGAGAUGGGUGCGCUCUUGGAAGGUGAUACGGAGGAAGAGACCUCCGAUGAGAGUCCAAGCUUGAUGGGCCCUCCGACCCGUUGCUGGCCAUGGCUUUUGCUCUGGGCGUGGUUACUGUUCCUCAGCUACGUCUGGCAUAAGCCUCCCGCGGUGCAAGCGGCAAGGCCCAGCAGCUUUGCACAGACGGCCUCGAAUGCCUACUACGGUGACUUUGGAGCGAAUUGA